AUGGCGGCACAUGUGCAUUUGAAUCGAAAACAAACAGAGGCUUACAAUUUGGUAUUAGAUGGGCACAGUGUUUACAUAGGGGGAUUCGCCGGAACAGGGAAAACGUUCCUUUUAACAGGAAUCGUUGAUAAGUUGAGAUCAAAGGGGAAGAUUGUGAACCUGACAUGCACGACGGGAAUCGCUUGUUCAGCCUACCCUAGCUCACUCAACGCUACAACAGUGCACAGAUUUUGUGGUAUGGAGGAUGGCAGGUAUGCUACUGAUGAUUUAGUGUCCAUGAUUUUGCUAAAUCCAAAAUACAAACAGACACUUUCAAGAAUUAAAUGUACUGAUGUUCUUAUUAUCGACGAGAUAUCGAUGCUUAGUGCCAAAUUGUUUGGACAGUUAGCUGAAAUAUGUUCUUUAAGAGAUCCUCAUCACAUAUUCGGCGGUAUCCAACUGGUACUUUGUGGCGAUUUUUACCAACUUCCACCUGUGCCAAACAGUUUGUAUGAGGAUGAUGGUGAAUUCUGCUUCCAAUGUGACAUAUUUCAGAAGGUAAUUUCGCAUACAAUUUUUCUGACUGAUGUCAUCAGACAGUCAGAGGCAAGACUGAUUUCCGCAAUAGAUGAAAUUUCCAAGGGAUGUCCAUCACAGCAAACCUGUGACCUUAUGAGCAUGCUGCAACGCCCAUUAAUGGAUCAAUCAACAACAAAGCUGUUCUCAACUAACCAUCAAGUUGAUGAAUACAACAGACGGAUGAUGCUUUCAACUGCUGGGGAUAUCACAGAGUACCGUGCCAGCGACACCGGGGAAGAGCGAGUUCUUCACAAAAUUUUAGCCAUGAAAGUUCUCUGGCUGAAACCUGGUUGCCCAGUGAUGCUGCUGAGGAACAUAACGGAUCGUCUCUGCAAUGGACUUGUUGGAAGUGUCACAUCAGUUCAUAAAGAUGGUCCAAUUGUGAAGUUCCCCACUGUAAAUAUUGAGAUGAAGAUUCCCACUAUGUCAUUCUCAGUUUUCAACCCACGGGAUCAGAGAAAUAUUGCAACUAGAGACCAGAUACCACUGAAGUUGGCAUAUGCCAUCACCAUUCAUAAAGCACAAGGCAUGACCUUAGAUAGGGUCGAGGUUGACUGCAGUGGGGUAUUCAAGCCAGGCCAAAUUGCAGUGGCAAUAGGAAGAGCAAAGACCACAAUGGGACUUCGUGUCAUCAACUUCUCUCCAAACCUGUGCAUACCCCCACCAUCUUCUAUUCAAGAUUGGAUUGAUCAGCCAUCAACACCAAUUUCAGAGGAUCUUUCUUGUUGCAAUCAUAAAAGAUCUGAUGCGUCGAAAUCUAGUUGA